AUGACCGCCGCUACACUUGCCCCGCCUAUUGCAGCUAGUGGUAACGCACCUACCACAACAGCCACACGAGACCCCGAGAUCUUGCCUCGUCGAACCCCAUCUGUCAGGUCAAACACCCUUGAACCCUCCAAUGACGCUUCAUUACAACGCCAUAGCAGCACACGCAGUCAAACAAGUGCAUUAGAAAAACGAAAGCAGCAGCAGAACCAAGACAGCACUUCGGCAUCGAGACGCCCAUCUGAAAGACGCAAAGUCAUUCGCAUUGGCAACUAUGUAAUCAAUCGAAAGACCAUUGGGGCUGGUAGUAUGGGCAAAGUGAAGCUUGCAACUUGCUUGACGGAUAGCGACAGACAACAGUAUGCAGUCAAGGUGAUGCCCAAGAUCAAUCUAGCCGCUUUAGCCGAUGUCGAUACAAGUAAAGCCAAAGAUCCCAAGGAUACACCACAAGAGCGUGAACAGCGGACCAUACGUGAGAUGGCCUUGAUGCAACUCCUACGACAUCCCAACAUUUGUCAACUCAGAGAAUGGAUCAAUGAAGGCGACUAUUAUUACAUGUUUUUGGAGUAUGUGGAUGGUGGUCAACUCUUGGAUUACAUUAUCAAUCAUGGCAAAUUGCGUGAGAAACAAGCCCGCAAGUUUGCAAGACAAAUUGCCAGUGCCCUUGAUUAUUGCCACCGCAAUUCCAUUGUACAUCGGGAUCUCAAAAUAGAAAACAUCAUGUUGACCCGGAACGAAGAUGUCAAGAUCAUUGACUUUGGCUUAUCCAACAUUUAUUCUCCAUCACGCCUCCUCAGCACUUUUUGUGGCUCCCUCUAUUUCGCCGCUCCCGAAUUACUUCGCGCUCGUCCUUAUACCGGCCCUGAAGUCGAUGUUUGGAGCUUUGGUGUGGUUCUCUAUGUCUUGGUAUGUGGUCGAGUCCCCUUUGAUGAUACAAGUCUCCCUGCUCUUCAUGCAAAGAUCAAGGCUGGUCAAGUGGACGGCUAUCCAGAACAUUUAAGCAGAGAUUGUGUUGAUUUGUUGACUCGUAUCUUGGUGGUGGAUCCUAAACGACGUGCAACGCUCAAUCAAAUAUUGACGCACCCAUGGAUGACGCGAGGAUAUGAUGAACCUAUUGUGAACCAUCUUCCACAUCGACAACCCAUUGAUUCGAUUGAUAUGGAUAUUGUUCAAGGAAUGCGUGGAUUUGGAUUUGGGGAAGAGCAUGAGAUCUAUGCAAAGCUCGAGAAAAAGAUCAACGAUCCCGCUUAUCGACAAGCCGCUGCACAAAUCGAUCACAACUAUCAGCAACAAUUGAUGAAUCAAGAUCAAUUGUCACGAUCACGUUGGCGACUCAAUAUUCGUACAAAGAGAUCCUCAGUGAUACAAGAUGAUCCAUUGUCGUUGCCAGCCAUGUAUGAUCCAUUGGUGUCGGUGUAUUAUCUUUGCAAGGAGAAACGUGAAUAUGAAAAGCGUCAACGUCAUCUCAAGCGUGGUCAACAAACUGCCAAUACAGCCACUCAAUCUGUACCAACGCUUCGACGUUCCAACAGCACUAUUACUCCAUCAUCACGUGCCGAACCAGGUCUUGUGCGUCGUAAGACUGAACGUGCUCCAAGUACUUCUCGACUUGAUAACACCACCAACAAUGCAAGCUCUGUUGGCAUUGGAAGAUCAGGCAGUGUGCUUUCACGUUCCAAUAGUGCACGCAGUAUGUCAUCUACUCUUCUUGCACGUAGUCGAAGUGCUGUACGUCGUCUUGGUGCUAUGCUUCCCAAUACAAACAUCCAUCGACAAUCCAUGGAGGAUCCUCAAUCACCACCGCCUUUACCUACCAAUUCACCUCAUAACCACCCUGCUGCUGCAGCUGCUACUUCUUCUUCUUCGCCUUAUCAUCAAUCACAAGAGUCAUCAUCACCUUCCAAUACAGGGAAAAAGAGCACCUUUCAACAAUUUCUCAAAGUGGAUCCAAAGGAUAACAGUGAUAAGCCAAGGUCAUCAUGGCGUCGAUUAUCCAUUAGCCGAGGAUCACGUUAUACUCGACCCUCAUUGGAUGGUGGUAGCAGUAGCACAACAACACCUACCAUGAGUAAAUCAGCUACAACGACUUCAGCACCUGGAAGACGCAUGUCCGAAUCAGCGGAUCGAGAUGUAGAUGCUAUGAGCCAUAGCAGUAGCAGUGGUAUCAGUCAUCAUACGACACCCUCACCAUCAUCACCCCAACAACAACCACGAAGCUUAUUCAAUUUCAACCGACGCCAUCUCUAUCGCAGUACCCCCCAACGGCUCUUGGAUGAUCUUACCAAUUUAUUAUGGUUGAGAAAUGUGCGCACACAGCCCGUACCCUCUGAUCCAUUUGCAUUAACGUGUGAAUGCGAUUAUCCUGAUUGGACAAAGUUGUUAAAGGAUGAAGAUAUUCUUGAGGAUCCAACAGCUGCAGGAUUAAAGGGAGAAAAGACAUUGCGAUUCACGAUCAUGGUCUAUCAAGCACGUUUGGCUGGUGGUCGCUUGGGUGUCAAAAUUAGAGAGGGUGAUGAAUCACCUUAUGCCAAAGUGUUCCGAAGCAUUGGUCACACACUAUUGACAGAGCUUGACAAGAUGGUGGCCGAUACAUCUGCUACAGGUCGCUAA